CAGGACUCCUCUUGGGCCAAUCAGCACCAAUGUUUUGGAGCACAGUAUGUUACCCGCCAGGCAUGAAACAAAGAAGAAGAAGUGCUUAUUUGCCGAAGGAAUGGCGUGACCAGUGACCACUACCAUGGAUUCGGCUGGGACAAAUGCGGUCUUUUCCUGCCCCUUUUGGAGCCAGAGGAAAUCGCCGGGCUGCCGGCGUGUUCAAGGGCCUUCCAACCACUCCACACCAGUCAAAGAAAUAGAAGUUACAUUUUAUCUCUUACCAAAAAUUGUUGAGCGCACUCCCAAAGGCAGUGAAGACGUUUUCCAUCUGCAAGCUGGUUUGGGACGCAGGUCCACGCUGAUACCAGAGAACUACACCCAUGAUGAGGUCCUUCUCUAGUAUGCCAAAGGCAAUGUGCCACUCCUGUCACACCAGCUAUCCACUGCGAAUCCUAGCGCUGCAUGUUGAAACAUGCAAGCCUUCAGAUACUUAUCCACUGGAGGUGUGUACAGACCCAUUGUAUGGAUAAUGUUGGGAGCUUGAAUACAAUGUUUUAAGAGAACAAAGAGGAGGCUCAACAUUACAAUGACCUGGAGGAACAUGCAAGCGAGUGUGGAGAGAGCAAAGCUGACUUCAUUCCUUCAAGUUCUUCAUCUUCAGAACAAAAGAUGAGCAUUUCUAGCCUUGAAGAUGUCCUGCAGGCCAUCUCUGCUGCUUUUAACAAUGAGGAAGAAUUUCCUCUCACUGUAUCAAGAUCCCAUGUGGUGGAGCAGGGCCUUGCUCGAUGAAAGCGACAAAAGAAGGCAUUGCCUACUAGUCGGUUAAAAAUCAGGUUCAUGGGGAGGCGGGCCUUGAUACAGGAGCGUUACGGAAGGAGUUCCUCACAAGUCAAGCAGCUUGGAUUUCCCGGCAUUGUAUUAUUUGAUCCACUUUUCUUCAACCGAUCACCAACAAAAUGUAAUCAUCUGUUCCUUUUCCCAUUAUCAACAUUUCCUUAAAUUUUAGUUGAAAUCUGUUCAUAACUUUGAGUUAUUUUGCUAACAAACUCCAUCAAAACCAUAGCCUCCUUGGCGGAGAUAAAUAUGAUUUACAUUACAUUUAAAAAAAAAAUUGCAAUAGAAGUGACAGUUACAUGAGAUGGUUGCAGCCAGGGAUUGAGCAGAAGCUCUUUGAGGGUGACCAGACUGGAAAAUGUCCCAAAUAUUCCCUGUUGGAUCUUGAUCAAGGAAAUUUCAGAAGUGCUGGUGAAAUCUGGGCUGCAAGUCUGGCUCAAAGCGGACCACCACCCUGCUGCCUCAAACUUUGGUGUUACAGGUACUUGUGUGAUGGGGAAAUACAGAUUCAGCACAUUUCCAAAGAGGAUGUCUCUGAUGCGGAGUAUAUAUCACUUCUCUCUCCCAAGUUGAGUCGGCCACUGAGGCUACAAGAACUGAUUGAGGACAUUUUGAGCUGUGGCUAUAAUGGACCUGUUAAUGUUGAAAAGAGGGAAGAAAUUCUUCGUGCUGUUGUUCUUCAUGCCAUACUUCAGCUGCUGCCCCUACUCUCCCAGCUACGUGAAGGUCUAAAACUUUAUGGUCUCGUUGAUCUAAUGGACCAAUACCCAAACAUCUGCCAACCACUCUUUGUCCCUGGGAUGGAGGUGAAGGCUGAUGCUGACUUUGUCUUUGCGGCUUGUCAACCUGAGUUCAGCGAGAAGGGCUCCUACAAAGAACGGUUGGAAGUGAGCGUUAUGAAUCAUCUCCAGGGCUUCUUGCAGGAGCUGGAAGCAUGUGUACUUCCAGAGGUGGGUGACACAGUAGACUAUCUUGGUCACCUGUCCCCCAGUAUGUUUCUCCAGUGGCUCACAGGACAGGGCCACAUUCCUGUCUUACCAGAAGAGAAGAGAAACUUCAGAGUCUUUGUGCAGUUCAAUCACACCUGUGACAUCCAGUAUGGUUCACAUAGAGUGUGCAUGUAGUAAUGCAAUCCACCUACCUGUUAAGCAUAUGCAAACUUUUGCUGAGUUCAAACAAGUGAUGACAGGCCUUUCAUCUAGGGCAGGCAUUUCAUCAGGUUUAAGUGAAAUGU